AUGAGUGUGUUGAAUGGAUGUCUCAAUAAAUCGCCGCCAAACAGUGCAAACAGCAUCACUACAACCACAGCCACCGCUGCCAUCAAAGUCAAACCCACAGCAAACAAACCUCCCGUACCGUACAAACCGCCGGGUCUUAAUCAAAAGUCAGCGCCCGGUAAACAAACAACACAACACCAGCCCUCGGCACCCGACUCUCAAGGCUAUCAAACAGGUAUCACAAAAUACACACCCACUUCGGUGUUGGAGGACAAUCACGACACAGGCAGUAUUAAAUCGGAGACCAGCUCCCUGUGCCGGCCCCUCAAGUUUGGCGGCCACACCGAUGGGGGUGGCGAUGAUAUACCAGUCGAUGGCAAUGGCAAUCAGCUUAUUGACAGCCCAUUCAUUGCCAACCCUAACGAUAACGUGUAUAAACCGUGCGAACAAAACUCGGGCACAAUCGGGAGCCGCGCCACACGAUUCCCAACACUCGGCCAGUGCUCGCGCGGCAACAACAAUGACUCUCAGGACAGCGAACGCACCGUUUGCUGCCAUAACCUGGCCAUCGAUCUGUACAACAAGGCCCUGGAGUCGGCCAAGAGGGCGCUGCCCACUAAAUCAUCGAAACAGAGUCGACAACAGUUCCCGCGAAGUUUUGGCGAAGACUUCGAGAGCAUUGGUCCCGAAGGGUUCAACUAUCUGGACGACGGCCAGACCGAGUGCUCGUACGACUACCGGGACAUCGACUACAACAGGGACUCUAUAAUCAGGCCCGACGUGUUCGCUCACAUGGAUGUGGGCGUACCGGUGCUCGUUGGGGACGUCGACACCGGUGACGAGUCGCCCCGAACGGCCGAUGAUUUGCGGCGCCGGUACGGACUGCCCGACAAACCAGACAGAGUGCAGCCUUAUGUGCCGUCCGGCGCGCCGUCUAAAACAUGCCCCAUCUCUACGGCCAUACCAUUAUCAGAGUUUGCAGUUACUAAGCCUAUUGUCCAGAACAAGGUAUUGGUUGUCGAUGGGCACCAAGACACUGAUGGCGGUGUUAUAGUAAAAGCUAGUGAUAGUACUGGAGCCACUGUGUUAUCAGAUAUAGCGCCUGAGCCCAACCCAAUUACCGCUACAACUGUCUCACAUACACAGACAGUGCCGGAGCGUAAGGCGUCCACCUCUAGGCCAAUGGUGUUGGCGCUGAGCGCUGGACAUCAAACCCAAAUAGCGUUCAAACCGGCGGAUAAUCGGCAAACUCUGAGCGCCGGGAGCCCAGUGUCGGCAACAGGCGAGCUAAUGGACUCUAUGGCCAAACGCACUUCACAGCUGAUCAUCGACACAGCUAUACACGAGUCAAUAGCCCGACGUCUGACGCCCUCCCCCUCGGGCGCCGAGAAUCAAGACAACCGGUCGAACGAAUCGAAAGCUGAUCCUAAAUCCAAGAAAUCGUCGGCCGAUUCGGCGACUGUCGCGGCCGACAAAGAGGUGGCCAAACGUGAGCGCAAACUACUGGAGAAACGGCUGAAAGAGGAGGAGAAACAGCGCCGAAAGGCCGAGAAACUGAUCCGCGAUGAGGACAGGGCGGAGAAGAAGUCACUGUUUGCCAGAUUUCGCACUGAAGACCGGCAGAAGAAGAAGAUCCAGAAGAAACAGAAACAGUUUGAGAAAAUUCGCCAGAAAUCGAUGGUUAAUAAGUCAAAAAAUAGCCUCAAAUCGGAUGAUAACGUGGAUAUAGAGGCCGACGAUGAGUACGAACCAUCGCCUGUUCCGCCCCCGACGCUCACCACCGGUCCUACUGUUGACCGGUUUGGUCGACACACCUAUGAAGAUAUUGAUGCCGAACCGGUGGUCACAUCUGGUGGCGCUGUUUUGACAGCCAAUACCGAUGUGGAAGUUGUCGCGGUUGAUGUCCAACUGGUGCUCGAAGACGUGCCCGUGAAGUACGAGUACAUUGAAAACGUACGCGAAAUCGGCGUAACGUAUAUGCCGUCCAACGAUAACAGCGGUGCUGAAGACACGGACACCGAAACUGUUCAACCGGUGGCCAAAAAGGGGUCUAAACGAGGCUCGAAGAGUCCCAAACCCGCUGCCGGUGCCGUCAAGUCAUCGUCGUUUCGGGCCUUAAAGUCCAAAGUGAAGGACAUAUUUCCGGCCCACAAGUGGACACCGAAACUGGUGCGGAAGAGCGGCAAACAUACCGGCGCUGACAUCACUGGACACAAGAAACAGCAAUCAGUGGUGCCGUCAAUCAUAGUGGUCGAAGAUCCGGCACUAUUACAGCACCCGGAGUUUGUCUGUGUGCCCUCCCCUACGCCCACGCCUACCGACUUUCAGCGCGAGUACGAGAAUAUAACCGGCGACACUUUUAACAGUGACCAGACUGUGCCCAUUGGUGCCGACUCGGAGCCCACGUACGACAUGUCGACCGCUAGCGGCACAUCCGGCGCCACAACUGUUGUGGGAACCGCUGCUAAUAGUAAUACGGGUGCCUCCGGUGCCACCGUCUCCGGUAUGGCCUCCCAGUACGAGACCGAAGAGGACGACGAAGAGCAGCAGUUCCUGGAGAGGGUGUCGCGAGUGGAGGGCGCCGGCGGUCGGGCGCACAAAAAGCAUCGGCAAAAGUCGAAAGCGCGCGCAAAGUUGGAUCGUUUGAAAGCCAAAGCCAUGGAGUCGUUGCCCAAAAUCACGUCAAUCGUGCCGCUGAUGAAGGACUUUGUCAGCGCCCGGCGCACGCAAUCGUCGACCGCCGCCGACCGGCGACAGCACCGGGACCUCGAGUACGAACGUUACCGACAGAUACCCACCCGCUAUGACUCGGACUUUGAUUGCGUGUCCGACUCGGAGCUGUGCGACUCGUUGAACCGCCGCACCGGCCGUAUGGAUGGGCCGGAGGGCAGGGCUGAGGCUCGGCAUCACGUCUACGAAGAGAUGGCCGCCACUCAGGAGCGGCUGGACUCGUACAUGAGCCCCGUGUCGGGUCCGUUGCGACCGCCGCGUCGGUUCUCCGGCAUGAAGUACGCGCCCAAAGUGGCGUCGACGCCAACCCUGAGCACCCAAGUGCUGGUCCGGGUGCCCAAACGCAGCAUGGUGCCCCCGCCGCGACCACCGCCGCCCACACCCAGACCCUCCAUAGUGGUGGACAACAUCGAUGACGAUCAGCGUCCGGCGCUGGUCCGCAAACAACGAGUGCCCGCAGAUAUAUACUAUACAAAUGUGCGGCUAAACUAUAAGCCUAAGCGCAGGUUUAUCAGUGGUCGCGCCCGUGCGGCUACACUCGCCCACCGCACCCAUACCGUACCCACUGGUAUGGCGUAUGACUCGCCCAAACCGCUGCUACCGGUGCCACUGAAGGCCUGUCAGACACGGGUACAGGCGCUGAACGCGUAUAACACGGCACUGGCGUACGGCUUGAAGGCGCAGACAUUGCCGCCCCAGUCGGCUCCGGCCGGUCCACCGCCACUGCUGGCCGGCGCCACCGGUGCCACACGAAACUGGACACCGACUCCGCCUCCUCGGCGCGGCCGUAGCCGUAGAGAUCCGCGCAGUCAGACUCAGGCCGUGGACCAGUCGGCGCUGGAUUGGCAGCCGUUUACAUGGAAGUGGCGUCGGUGCCGAUCCCUAACGGAGCUGGACGUCCGCAAUAGCCGCCAAUCGUCACCCGUGGCCACCAAUCGACGCCCUAAUAGUCCAAAUAAAGGCACCGGCAGUUCGCACCCACCACUACCGCCAUCAGUACCGCCACAACCGGCAAAGAUCAUACAGACACACAGCAAACGACCCACACGUCCCCCUCCGCCCACUAUCUCUCACUCUAUGUCCGCUUCCGCCCUGUCGUCCGGCACCUGCCGUCACGACCGUAACGCCCGACCCCUUAACGAUUGCUUAGUUUCAGACUCUUAUCACAUAUACUCCUCUGUUUGCAAAGGUGUCGACACUAGCCAUACGGCCGGCGCUCAACCAACACAGCAUGACUGGUCCCGACGCCCGCUGCCGGCGCCGCCCCGACCGCCCAAACCCAAGGCUCGCCGAUCGCUGAGCACAACCACACGAGACGCCAGUGUCAGCACUCAGGACAUCGGUCUGAACGCCUGGUGCGAUCGCGAGACACAGCUGGACGCCCGCAACAACUCGCUCUGGGAGGACAGCGUCAACGGCAUGGAUAUGUUGGGCGAUCCCAACGACCCCUACCGCACGCCCACUAACCCACUGACGCCCACAACACCCACUAAUCCGCCGCACAUGGCUUUCGGCACGGCCUACGACGACGGCGGCGACCUGACUGCGGCGCACACUUACACAUCUAGUACUACCAAUUGGUACGACGCUGAGCCACCGGCACCGGGCAAUGUGCCGCCCCGAUCGCCGCCCGCCCACCGCCGCGACCGCGACUGGGAUCAGGACACCAUCAACGACGACGUCAGCUCAAUCGCCUCCAACUACCAGUCCUUUGCCUCAGAGUACACCACUCGGGCUGACGACGACGACGGCGACGACAAUGUCGACGAAGUGAUGGACAGGUAUGGCGACGAACAGUACGGCGAUCGCGAGGAAACACCGGUUGCCGAAGUGACGGACGUGGAUGAUGUGGGCGGCCAUGUGGUGGCGCCCCCACCCCAGCCACUCUCUUCCGACUACACCCCUACCGUUAAGACUGCGUGCAAAACAGCGGUCAGGUCCCAGUCGACGAGGGCUGCACCCGAUGCCGGUUCCCAUUCGCCCGGUCGCCGCUCAUUACCAACCAGU